AUGAUGGGUCCGUUGCGCAGCUAUACCAAGCACACGGACAUCCCUGCAAUAGCUGCUGAGAUACGUCGCCUAAACCCACAGAGUAUGGAAGGAGAGGUCAAUGGAGUCUGGAACUCCAUAUUAAACUGGGUUUUUGACCCAGUCAAUGGAUUCGUCACCCAGCCCCAGGCGAUGCACAGGCAAUACGGCGGCAAGAGGGGAUUCUCCGACUUUCACACGAUGAGUGUCGCGGGAGGAACUCGCCGGUCCUUCCUAAUCACUCAAUGCAAGUCUGCAAAAGGCGAAGGGAAGGAUGGAGUUUGGGACGACGGGGCAGAGCAGCUACAGAGAUAUCUGGGCACGAAGCAUGGAAUGCGGCCCACCGCGCAACGCCCCGCGUAUGGAAUCCUCGCAAGGGGCCUGCGAGGCACGAGCCGUACGCAGAGCUUUAAGGCACAAAUCGAAACCGCGGAAGCACUCAAGCUCGCUGGGAUCGCCGUGAAAGAUCAAUAUGAUAGAGCUCACAAGACUAUUAUGUUCGAGCCGGGCACGACCAUUUCGCAGGACCGUUCGCCGUACUGCGACGCAUCGGAUCCCUGGCAUACCAACUUGACAUACCGCAAUCGUGGCGCAUCCAUCCCGUCAUCUCGAUUGCGCACCUCGAACCUUAUCCAUCGGGCGACGACCCGUUCGAACGUCUCGCACCCCACCAAUCACGCCCGAUACAGAUGGAAGGACAAGAUAGUACGAAGUUGGGAGAAUCAUGGCAAAGCGGCACCACCGCACCAAGGCUGGAAAGACUAA